CACUCAGAGGGCGACAGAAAUGGCAUCGUGGACUACAUUGGUACCUUCCUUUUCAUCAAUUCUAAGACGCUGGAUACGGUAAGCUCUUUUUAUGAGCGCUGGUUUUGUGUGUGGCUCUGUUUUCUUAUCCCAAAUAUAAAACAACCCACGACCUGUGACCUUUUCUUAAACCUAUCAUCUGAUAUCUGCACCCUGCAAUAUUUGCAUAAUCUUUAUUGAGUUUUCCUGUGCUAUAACAACAAUGUCGAGUGAGCAAAAAAACUUGCUUGAAGUCCCCAAUUGGCCCGAGUUUAAACUUCCAGAAUUGCUGUCCACUGAAACCGUCCGGCAACUGCAUGCUACAAUUGAAAAAGAAUGGGAUGCCCUCCGAAGGUCAGCCUGCCAAACAGCUGCUGGACGAGCACUCUGGAAACACGUGAUCCAUGACCCUUUGGCAGCCUUACUUGCAGGAGAGACUUACCUAAGAAGCCUUCAUGAGAAGAUAGAGAAAGACUGUGCCAACAAUGCAAGCGAAAUCUCUGGAGUGAUUCUGGCUGUUCGAACUCUCUGGUUCGAUUCAAAACUUGAAGCAGCCCUUCAUUCCUUACAUGGCAGAGAAACGCAGGUGGUUCUCCUUGGUGCAGGAAUGGACGCAAGGGCAUACCGGUUAGGUUGCUUGAAGGAAAGUGAUGUGUAUGAAGUUGAUUUACCUGAAGUAGUGCAAAUGAAAACCACUCUUCUGGAAGCAGCAAUGGAAUCCCCAAAUGAUCACCAACAUCUGGAAAUAAUGGCAAAAUCCUUAACCAGAGUGUCAGCCGAUAUCAAAGGUGAUGACUGGUUGGAAAAACUUGAAAUAUCAGGGUAUGUGCCAGAGAAGAACACGGUGUGGAUUUUAGAGGGUCUCCUCUACUACCUCACUCACUCACAGGCAAUGCAGGUACUGAGGAUAAUUGCUGAUAAGUGCACAAUUACCAACACAUUCCUUUUAGCAGAUUUUAUGAACAAACCGUCAACUACACUUUCCAAUUCUAUCUUCCAUUUCUAUAGUGACUGGCCUGAUAAUCUCCUGCCAUCACUUGGCUUUUCUCAUGUUAAACUUUCACAAAUUGGUGACCCAGAUGCUCAUUUUGGACUCCUUCAUGACCCUUCAAAUUUGUUCAACAAGCUCCGCAGUUUGCCCCGGUCCCUACACACCAAUCCAGAUGGAACACCUUGUUGUCGUUUGUAUUUAGUGCAGGCUUCUGGUUCCCCAAAUCAAACCCUAGAGCCAGCAGACUUAAGGUUAAAUAUCUCCACAUAGCUCCACAUCUUCCUAUAGUUAGGACAAAUAUACAUGCAAAGGAAUACCUUGCUGUCACUUGAAUCAGGAGGAUGCUUUGAUCGCCCGCCCAGUUCACAAUCCCAUAUGGUACGGAUCAAUAGUCAUAAUAUAGAUAUUAGAUCAUACAAUGUGUGAUCUCCCGAUUAAGGCGUAGGCAUAAUCGUUUGUAGUCUUGUGUAAGGAAUACAAUUCCCAUUUACAAGACCGGGAAACAGAUGUGCAAUGUUUUCCUCAGAAAUUCAAGUGUAUAUAACGCUCAUUUUAUAAACAUUUAUUUUAUUAUUAUAAGAAAAACUUGUCCA